GGAAAUGCUGAGAUUAUGAUUAACUAAUUAUAGCCACCAUCAGAUUAUUCGGAUCCCCUCCAUCAAACUCCGAAUCAUUUCUCUGAUUCCCCCCCAAAUACCAAACCGAAUCCAUUCCUUUACCCUACAACGGGUAACCUCAUUUCCAAUUGCGUUUCUCCAAAGCGGAAACCGGCCAUGGCCGCCGCCCCUAAUCCUCGCUCCUCCUCUUCUAACCCUCCUCCUCCGAACCGUUUCGUCUUCUCCGCCGAUUAUCCGCCCCGAGUCUCGCUCACUCCCAGUCAAUUCAACUACUGCUCUCAGGCUCUCAAAUUGUUUUCCGAAAAGCUCCUGAUGCCCCACGAAAUUACCCGAGAGUUCGCUCGCUUGCAGGCAAAUAGGAUUAGACCUUCGGAGAUGGCGAGGAGCUGUACAGUGGGUCUUAACAGUGUAAAUUUGAACAAGAAUCGAUACUCUGAUGUUGUACCAUUUGACAAAAAUAGAGUUGUUCUUAACUCAUGUAAAGAUUACAGACCAGCUGCAAAGGGUUAUAUCAAUGCCAGCUUCAUCACGACUUCUUCGUCAGAGAACAUUUCUCAGUUUAUAGCCACACAGGGUCCAAUACCACAUACCUAUGAAGACUUCUGGGAGAUGGUGAUCCAACGUCAUUGCCCUGUCAUUGUGAUGCUUACUCGGUUGGUUGACAAUUAUAAGGUGGUAAAGUGUGGAGAUUACUUUCAAGUAGAAGGUGUUCCUAGACAAUUUGGUAAUAUCUGUAUCGAUACAAAAUGGAUACAAGCAACAGACACCUCAUUACUGCUACGCAGCUUGGAAGUAAAUUAUAGCGAGUCAGAGGACCCUCCGGUAUCGGUUUUGCACAUUCAAUAUCCUGAAUGGCCUGACCAUGGAGUUCCUGUAGACACACUUGCUGUCCGUGAAAUCUUGAAAAGGGUACUAAAAGUACCACCAAAUCUUGGCCCUAUAGUGGUGCAUUGCAGUGCAGGUAUUGGGAGAACUGGAACAUACUGUGCAAUUCAUAACACAAUCCAGAGAAUCCUUGUUGGGGACAUGUCUGCGUUGGACCUUGCUAAUACCGUAUCUACGUUUAGGUCUCAGCGUAUUGGAAUGGUUCAAACCAUGGAUCAAUAUAUUUUCUGCUACAAAGCGAUUGUUGAUGAAUUAAGAGACCUCGUCUCAGAGUUCAGCAGUGAAUACAGUUCAAAAUGCUAGAUUUCUCCCAACUAAAGCUGAUUCUGAUUCAGCAACGAGAAGCACAGCAUUUGCUUAUUUCUCUUAAGUUGGAGAAAUGCAUAUUUAAUGAUACUUCCUCUAUAUCCAUCUGUUUCUAAAGCAUCUUGGGGUUACAUGGCAUCCUGGAAAUAAAGAAUACUUCUAAUCAAUUACUUCAGUUGAGCUUAGUUUCAAGGUUGCAGCAGUUGCCAAAUUUAGGAAUAUGGACAGAAACUGUUUUACCCACCCUUGACUCCAUUCCAGAACCAGGUUGCAUAUGGAAAGGGCCUGUUUGUUCCUAUAUCUCUCGUCUUUAUGAUGGAUUAAUGAUAAUUUGAACAAGGUUAUGUAUUUCCAAACCCAGUCUUUUAUUUGUGGACUUUAUUUGUUGAUCAAGUAUUUGUAUAUUAAUGAUACUUGUAUUUGUCAAUGUUAAUUUCAUACACGUUGCAACA